AUGGAGAAAGAUAAAGUGAAGGGGAAACAAUACAUCUGGGGAACACUAAUAGACUUUGACAAGACUGUAGCAGAUAUUAAAGAGCUAAUUAAAACUGCGAAAUACACCGCACUUCUUCCUCGAGCGACCGAAGAUGGGUAUAUAGAUAUCGACUUGAAUGAUGUCAAGACUCAAAAUUCGAUGCUUCACAAGUGUAUUAUAGAGUACCCGACACAACUUUUACACAUCAUGGAUGAAGUCGUCACCGAGAUUUGUGAUAUAUCCGUCCAAGUCAGAGUUUUCAAUUUGCCACUGACUAAGAGGAUACGAGGACUUUCACCAAGCGACAUUGAACGACUUGUUACCAUUCGAGGGAUGGUGACUCGAGUAUCCAAUUUGAUUCCGUCCAUGAAGAUCGGUGUCUUCAUAUGUACUAGCUGCCAUUAUGUGAAAGAAAUAGAUGUGGAUUUAAGAGGGACUUUGACCAUUCCAUCAAAGUGUGAGAAUUGUAAGAAGAGUAACACCCUCCAAAUCGACCACACACGAUCGGAGUUCAUAGACAAGCAGAUCAUUCGAGUGCAAGAAGCGCCGGAGUCUAUGCCCCCCGGAGAGACUCCACAAACUCUUCAUUUACUUGCCUUUGAUUUAUUAGUCGACUCUGCAAAGCCCGGGGAUCGUGUAGAAAUCACUGGCGUUUACCGAGCCGAUGCAAUCAAAAUUGGAAUCUCUCAAAGAACGGUGAGGGCGGUGUUUAACUCGUACAUUGACAUCGUCCACGUCAAGAAGUACACAAAACAGAAUGUCGUGGACGUCGACUUCCCAUCACUCAUAACACCAAAUUGGUAUGAGAAGUUGGUCCAUUCACUCGCGCCGUCUAUCACAGAGAUGGACGACGUCAAAAAGGGGCUUUUAUGUCAGCUCUUUGGGGGGACUCGAAAGGUCUUAAACGACCAACAAAAGCUUCGUGGGGAUAUCAACGUCUUACUUGUUGGCGAUCCUGGGACUUCGAAGUCGCAAUUACUGACUUUCAUCCACAAAGUAGCGCCGCGAGGAAUGUACACGAGUGGGAGAGGGUCAUCUGCUGUUGGGUUGACUGCGUUUGUAGGGAAGAGUGAAGAUGGAGGAACUGUGUUGGAGAGUGGAGCGCUUGUGAUGAGUGACAAAGGGUUGUGUUGUAUUGAUGAGUUUGAUAAGAUGACGGAGAUGACGCGGAGUGUGUUACAUGAAGUGAUGGAGCAACAAACAAUUUCAGUAGCGAAGAGUGGGAUUGUGUGUUCCUUAAAUGCACGGACGGCGAUUUUGGCGUCUGCCAAUCCGAAAGAGUCGAGGUACAAUCCAAAGUUGAAUAUAUUAGAAAAUAUACAGAUGCCACCUUCCCUCUUGUCACGAUUUGACUUGAUUUAUUUGAUAUUGGAUCGACCGGAUUUGGAGCGAGACAAACGACUUGCACGACAUAUCAUUUCACUCUAUUGGGGGGAGGAGAAAGUGACCAACACGUUGGACAUCCCCACAUUCUCUGCAUUUGUGAAAUACGCACGGAAGAAUUGUAAGCCAGUCUUGUCACAAGAAGCCGGCGAGACUCUUGUGGAGGGGUAUUUACAGAUGCGAAAAAUAGGGUCUGAAAAUAAGACGAAGAAGACGGUGUCUGCAACAACACGGCAAUUGGAGUCACUGAUUCGAAUAUCAGAGGCUAGAGCUAAAAUGGAACUCCGUCCUUUGAUCUCUGUGGAUGACGCUAAAGAGGCAAUUCGACUGGUUAAGACUGCAAUCUUACAAGCAGCAACAGACCCAUUGACUGGACUUGUUGACUAUGAUUUAUUAGCGACGGAAGGUGCGCCACAAGUAGCAGAAGAGAAGGAGAGGCCUCUAUAA